UGGCUCGCUUCACAAGCGCCUUGUAAUUCCGUUUUGCCCUAGUCAAAAUUUUUUUUUCGAUCCCCCAUGGUAUUUUGAGUUUGGUUGAGUUAUUUGUGUCAUAUGUUGAAAAUCCUAGGACCAUCGACGACUUGAGUCAACAUUUCAAAGCAAAGAAAGCGCUUUUUGGAGUCAAAUUGUUGUUUUAAUCUCAUACUUUCAUGUGAUGUUUAUGUGAAAACGGCUUUCGAACCGAUUCGACUAUCUACUUACUCGCACAGCUCAUCGGAGGACAGAAGCAAAAAAUAUAAAACUGAUCUGUCUACCCCUACUCCUUAUAAAUAUACUAGUAGAACAAGCACGACGUUUAAAUACCAUGCCCGAGGGUGGCGACAAGUCCGCAUCCGAGCUUAGGGAGCUCCUGCACAAAAAGAGAAAUCGUGUGCAAGAAAGUGGUGACAAGUUGUCCACUCCCGCGGGCUCUCCGCCACCGCAUAACAGCAACGUGAAGAUGAAAAACGAAGGCGACGACCAAGUAGAAGAGGACAUCGACAAGCAGGAGCGUCUGCUGGGCAGCACGCCGCGGGCGCACAAGAAGCGCAAGCUUUUCGACGAUGUUUUUUCCUUCUCCCCGGAGGAAGAAGAGCUCCGGCACGACCAGAAUCAUCCUCGUCGCGGGUGGCAGGAGGGGCUGCUUGAAACCGCGGAGCAUGAUGAUUUUGAUUUUCCUCCACGAGGAUCUGGGCCGCUUGGCGGCUUCGGGAACAACUACGGCAGCGCUGACGGCGAAUCAGACAUGAAGGAGAACAGCGUGGGCAAGAGGAGUGGCGCUUUGAAGAACAUUCCGGGCCUGACGAAGAAAAACGAUGCCGGCCCGAACGAGGUGCAGAGAGAUGAAAGUGACGACGCGGACAAGAGCGACGACGAAGAGGGGCUACUGGAAGAGAGCCACGUGCUUCUUUCCUCCCCCAGCGGAGCAGCUCCUCUUCUCGAAGCAGAGGACCUCGACGAUGUUGAGCUGGGGUCGUUUCUGGACCCCUACCCGGAGUUUGCGUCCCCCGUCACCGUAUGCAUUGCAACUAUGUACUCUGGGGAGUCUGGAAGUACCAGAGUGCAAGACUUGUGAGGUUGUGCAGCAAGGACAGCGAAACGGGAAAAGCUCUGAUGCAUGUAGCGCAACAACUGUGCCUGUGUGUUGCUGUUUGUGCUGCAACAAAGCGACGAUUUCGCAUCCGGAGAAGGCAAGAACAGAUAGCCUCUAGAAAACUUGUCACGCAGAGCUCCGUAGCGACGUGUCCUUGAAUGUCAUGUGCAUGCUUGACAGCCGCAUGACAACUCUCCAGACCCAAACAUAUUUGCGAUGCAUAGACCGAAUUUCGCGUCGCGAUCAGCAACCGGCGGGUUUGGUCCCUCGGCCUGGAAAAUGGUGAGCGAUUCGACGUGACCAGGAAUGGAACCCUGGUCAAAGACGGCGGCGUGACGGUGACGGGGAAAACACUGGUCCUGGCGCGGGGGAAAAGCGUGGUACAGACGAAGGUGGACACGCUGGUAAAGGCCAUGCGGGACGCUAAGGGGACGCCGGUGCGCUUCAAGUUCACGGCUGCGGUAGGAACACUAUGUUUAUUUUUUGAUGGCUCAAAUAAAAUGAGAUGUUGAUGUUAAGUAGUUCUACUUGCAUGAUCAAGUCGUCCGCUUAUUUCUUUGAGCAUUCAAGAUUUUUUUUGACUUUUGUUUUCCGAGGUACACCCGUAGACGUUUAUUUCAGUUUUUCACUACCCAGGAACGGAAGAAGCUGGAUGCUGCUCUUGGGUUUGCCACCCGCAAAGACGACGAGGAGGCUCAGCACUGGUCCAAAGUAGAAAAGGCGGAGGAAGAGUUUGUGUGGAACGACGGCGACCCGAAAUGGCAGAAGGUGAAGGUGAAAGGCAAGGUGCAAGCUAGGAAGGCGGCGCAGAAAACGGGGAAAGAUCGGGAGCAGAUGAACCGGCGCGAGGGGGACAAGGUCUUUGCCGCGGUCUACAAGACACUGCAUGAGAAGUACGGGAAGAACGAAGUUGUGCAGGGAGGUGCAGCUGCGUCCUCGUCGAAGCCACAAGCGAAAAAAAGCAGCAGUAGCAGCAGCAAUAAGCUGGCGGAAGAACUUCAAACCGGAUGCUCCCUCGUAUUUUCGCAAGCUCAGUUUGUCGAGUGGUUCGGCAACCUGGACGGCAACACGCAGCGCGCGUUCGCAAACGUGGCGAAAGCCCAGUUUCAGCCGGAGAAGUACCAAGAUGCAGGAGGAGCCGAAGGUGAAAAUAUUUUUAAACUGCCAGGGCAGCAAGAUGAAAAACAGCCCUUCGCUGCUGCACCUUCUGAAGGACAUCAAAAGCAAGCAAAAGGGGCCAAGAUGCCGGCUGCAGAGGCCGCGAUGGAACAGUUGAACCACGGGAAGAAGAAGAACAGUCGCGUGCAGCUUCGGAAGGAAGAAAAAAAUAUUUUUGGCCUUGAAAAGAAAACCAAAAAACAGCCGAUCCUGUCCGAUCCCAAUUUUCCGAUGGAGAACCGGGCCGGCUCCUUUCGCGAUCCGUCGAUGCUGGGAGCCGUGGGCGCGUACUUCAGUGCGGACGAGACCCGGCAGCAUCGGUGUUUCACGUUGUCCCGGGACCUGCUGUCCUUGCUGGGCCUGGGCGGGUCCCGCGGCAACACGUUUUUCCGUCGGGACACAACGUUGGUAAAUAAAACCGACGUCGAGGAGGCGAAGCGGUUUGACAAGCUCGCGUUGCAGGUGCCGGGCUACCAGUGGGACCGCGGCGGCGACGCACUGCACAGCGCGAGCGGGUUCGGGGUGCAGGGCUGCAUUCUGCCCAUCGUCCGCGUCGCGGUCACCGCCGAUCCGGCGAACAAAAAAACCGCGGCGGUGCUGUCCUUUCAGAUCGAGCUGAUCAACGUCGGCGGCCAGCUGUUGCACGAGCUGCAGGCGAAGAUGCGGUUUCCCUGCCGCAGUCUGCGGGCCAAGGUGUCCAUCGCGAUGGAAAUGGAAACAAAAUUUCCGAAAAAGGCGAUUUUGCAGAUGGCUGACAAGAAGAACUCGAGUUCUUCAUCUCCUUUUGCGAAAAGGGAUGAUCAAAUACUGAAACACGCCGAGGACAAGAUGGACACGGGCGAGGAUGAAGACGACGCGGGGGCCGAAGACGACGUCAACAGCAGUGCCUACUGGAUCCCCAGCAACGACGCUGACGUAACCCCGGACCAGCCACCGCACUGGAGCAAGCAGCACCCCUUGCGGCCCGAGCAGCUGCGGGCGCUUGGCUGGUUGACGCGCAAGGAGCGCGCGGUGGACCACUUCAGGUGCGUGAUUCCGGUCUUCAAUGCCGCGGCCGAUCUGGUGGACACCGAGGGUCUGAAAUCCUCGCUGGAAAAUUUUACCUCCGAAGAUGACCACAAGAAGCCCGCUGCAGCGCAGAAAAACAACGCGAAGAAAGUGAAGAAGGAAAAGCAGCUGCAGCCCAUGAAGAAGAAAAACGCGGCGGUGGCGGCGAAUAAAAAGAACGUCGCCGACGAGUUGUUCGGCCUGGGAGCAGCAGGAGAUGAAGAAGAGGUGGAAGGAAAUAUUAGCAAAAUAAAUCCGAAAAAAUCCGUCAGUAAGGCGAGCAGCCUGCAAGAACCGACAUCGGAGGAAAUAGGGGAAAAGGCCGACAACGACCCGCUUGAAGCCAACUGGUGCGCUUAUUCGGAGUUGGAGGCCGAAUACCUCGUGCGGGGCGGGUUGCUCUGCGACAAGCCCGGACACGGGAAGACGGCCACGAUGAUCGGGGUGAUUCUGAACGGGAUCGCGCGUCCCUUUGGCGAUGCGUUCGAACCGGACCCAGGCUGUUUCAGCGCGCCGGAGACGACGCUGAUCCUGGUGCCGAAACGGCUCGUGCGCCAGUGGGAGGAAGAGUUCGAGAAGUUUUGCGAGCCGCAGUUCUACCGCGACCACUUGCGAACCAGGAUCCGCGUCAUUGAGACGGCGGACCAGUUCCAAAAGCUGACCGUGAAGGACAUCCAGAACACGUGGGUGCUGCUGAUGCCCUUCGACGUGCCGUUUCACAAGUCCCUCAAGGAGCGCGCGCGCGACUUGGGAAUCGGUGUGGGGGGCCAAGCUGAGGCGCAGUUCACGCCGAACAACUGCUGCAUGCGGCUGUUGCGCCAUGCGACCUACCUGUUCCAACAGCACGUCGCGAAAAGCAAGAACAAAAAGAAGAAGAAGCCGGCCAAGACCGAGGCGGAGCUGAGGUUCGAGGAAGAAGACAAGGAGCUGCGCGCGCGACUGCGCGCGUACCGCAAGGCGCGGGAAUUUCAGGACAAGCGCCACGAGGAGAAAGACGGACAAGGCUACGUGGACGACUUUUGGAAGCGCGACGACGGGUCGAUGGAAUCCUACAUUGUCAAGGAGCAAGUGCUGAAUCCCAACUUCUACAAAAAUUUUUACAACAACUACAAUUACUACAACCCGUGGGGUAUAAAUCGAUUCUAUGGAGGUGGAUACAAUUAUGGCGGCAACGCCAACCAGCAGCAGCAGAACCAGAAUCAGAAGAAGAAGGAACCCCCGGAACCGAGGUACAUCACGCGCGACGUGACCAAGUAUCGCAAAAAAGGUCGGGUCGUCCCGGAGAACCUGCGGUCGGACGCCGCGAACCUGGAGUUCCCCGUGCUCGAACAGAUCAAGUUUGGUCGCAUCGUGUUCGACGAGUUUCACGAGAGCGAGUCUUUCAAGAGCCGCGAGGUGCACACGUUGUGCAACCUGCAGGCCCACGCGCGCUUUGGGCUGACCGGCACUCCCAAGCAAGAGGACACUCGGAGUAUCGUCGCAGCGGCCUCCCUGUUUCAAGUGGACUUUGUCGGCCAGGACACCGCGGACGCACUGAUGCUGAACAAAAUCGAGUAUUCCUCCAGCAAAUUUCUGGACCUGCUCAAGAGCAAGGGGGAAAAGGAGUUUUCUAAGACCUGGUCGCAGGAUUUGAAGGUCGACUGGCGCAACGUGUACGCAGAGAAACUCGACGAGUACAGCUUCGGCGAGGCCCGCCAUUUCGGGUCGAAGGUUUUCGACGCGGACAAGGUUGCCCGGUUUUGCAACUGCUGCGGCCAAGCCGCCCCCAGAAGUAGUAGCCCCGACGGGUCGACGUUCUUCGGCGGUCUUGAUAAUCCGGAGUUUACCUGCAACUUUUGCGGGGAAAAGAACCACGUGGCUCCGACCAUGUUGCAGGUGCAGGACGCCGGGGGUGCAGGAGCGUCCUCCGCCCUGGGAGGUCCGCGUUCGGGGAAGUCGAAAAAGCGGCCGAAGGAGGAAGAUCAGGUGGCGAUGUACAAGUACAAGGUCCAGGAGCGCGAGUUCUUGCUGCAGCGGGCGGCGUUUCUGUCGAAGCAUGCCUGGGACCGGAGCGCGUACUUUCGCAAGUACGCGCAGGAAUUUGUGGAGCACUUCAUGCGGCAGAACAGCAUCAAGGGCGUGGAGGACGAAAUCAAGAUUGUCGAGAAGGUCGUCCGCGUGGUGCUGAAGCCCGAGGAGCGGGUGCUGUACAAAAACAAGGAGCAGAGUCUGGCAUACGCGCUGGCGUCCUCCUCCGCGGCAGAGGAAAAGUUGGUUUCGGUGCUCGAAGUGGAGCAGUUCGGGUUGCUUGAUGACGAAGCGGAAGAAGAAGAUGUCCCCAACGACGAUGAAGGUGGCGCUGUUGGUUCUGGUGUCCUCGCCAAGAAAAACCCGAACAAGGCCCAGGUGGUGCAGCACAACAACCACGAGAAGCUGGCCGUGCGGAAGGGCUACCUGAGUGCGGAGGAUCUGAAGAAGCGCACCGCGCUGCUGAAGCUCUGCUGCCACUUCCAGAACAAGAACGAUAAUGCGGGCUCGGCGAAGGAGCAGGUUGCGGAGGUAGCUGAAAAGAAGCGCCAGGAGACCGAGCUGCGCAAGAAGGAAAUCCACAAAAUCCUUCUCAAAAUGCUCUGCUACGAGCGCGCGGCCACGUUUUUCCGGGGCGUUAAACUGAAGCGGGUUACCGCCGACCUGGAGAGGAUUUCGCUCGACGACGUGACGGCAAUUCUGAAUUCCGCGCUGCGCAUCGAGCAAACAAGCGCCGGCUCGUCGUCCUCCGCGGGACCCAACAAGAAGGCGAAGAACAAAAAAGAUCAGCAGCAGAGCAACAAGCUGCCGAACAGCAACAGUGCCGUUAAGGAACAACACCAACCGAAGAAGUUGUCCAAGGAGGCCGAAGCCUUCGAGGCACUGGUCCAGAGCGCCAUGGAUUUCUGGGUGACGCACGACGCCCUGGACAACCUCGACCUCCUCGGCGCGGCCUUCGGAAAACACAGCUACCCCCCGACGAAGCACCUGCUGCAAAAGGUCCUGCGCCGCGACCUGAUGGAGCGCCACGUGGAGCGCGCCAGCAUGGCGGCGGAGGAUCAAGCACUAGCCCGUGGGAAGAGCGAUGCGUCCUCGUCAUUCAAGAAGAAAACCGAAAAGCAGCUCCGGACAGAGAUGGAUGGCAAUUUGAAAGUGAUUUUCGACGACUACGAAGAAUUCGUGGACGGUUUCUGGCUGGAAGACGAAAUCCGGAAAAAGUCCCGGCUCGCCAAGGCUCGCAUGGAGGCCGCGCGGCUGCAGCAAAAGAUCGCCAAAGCGGUGUGGAGCGGCGAAGACCAACAGCUGGUCGAUUUCGACGAUGGGACGGUCAUCGAUGUCAAGGACAUUGCGCGUGCUCAGGUCGCGCGCACCUGCGAGGCUGGGAUCCGGGACGCGCGGGGCAAUUUUCUAGACCCCAAUGACAUGAGUAUCGUUGACGUCAGUGUCGAUGCCGGAGGCGGUGUCAACGGGAAGAGCAAGAAGAAGAACAACAAUAAUAAAUCUGCCGGGCGCAGAAAAAAUAAGAACGCCGGUUCAGCGCUGGAUCUCUUCGUGGUUGACGACUCCGACGACGAAGAAGAUGAAGUCCUGGAUCCGCGCGAUCGCGCUGCGGGGAAUUGGGAGACGCUCGUGGGUCAGCUGCUAACGGCGAAGAUGGAAGCCAAGCGCGGAAAGGAGUACGCCAAGGGCCUCGCUGAGUUCCGUGAAUUCGGCGCCAAGCUGAAGGAACAGCUGCUGAAAACCGGGAUGGAGAUCCGGGAAACCAUGGACGCCGAAUUCGCCUUCCAACGGUUGUGCUCGGUGUCCGAAGGAAAUUUGAACUACUUCAAAAGCGUGAUGAGUUCCGACCUCGCGGACGCAGAGGAGAUCGAGUGUACCAUUUGCUACGACGACUUUGAGCCCAAGAACAUGCUUUUGAUCGAGCGGUGCUGCCACGUUUUCUGCGACGGCUGUCUGCGCGGUGCGUUGGCGGACCGCAGCAAGCCGCAGAUGUGCCCGACCUGCCGCGGGCCCUGCUCCCUGGACAAAACAUCGAACCUCGAAGAGGUGCUCCGGACCUACCGUGUGUACGAGCAGAAGUCCGGCGGGAAGUUCGGGCAGCUGCAUCAACCACCGGCGAAAACAAGUAAUGCUUUAGUUGUCGAUUCCUCUGCUACCGAGCGCGAAAAAGAGGAGGACAAGCGGAAGAUGAUGUUGCAGCAGCCUGGUGCUGCUGGAGCUUCCGGGGCUGGUGCGGGUUCCGCUUCCUCCUCGUCCUCUUCUGGGCAGAACCAGCACGGUGGAGGCUUGCUGGGCCGACUGAUGCAGAACGUUCCCUCGCUGCGCGGGGCUGGAAGAAGCGGAAGCAAGAACAUCAAACCGUGGAACAAGAAACUUUCGUGGCUGGAGGAGGAAAGCGUGAACGAAGAAAUCGAAAUGGAGUCGAAGUGGAUGCAACAAGUCCCGCGAAAAGACAAACACGGCUCCAAGCUACACUACGUGGCAGCAUUGCUGCAGAAAAUUUUUGCCGAGGACCAGACGGCAAAAGUCAUCAUUUUCUCCCAGUUCGCGGACUUGCAGGCGCAGGUCCGGCACGCCCUAGACGAGUACGGAAGGGUGAACUUCGCCACGGUGAACGACCGCCAGGGGCUGCAGGCCUUCCAGAAGAAACUGACCCCCGAGCUGGUGGCCGAGUUGGGUCCGGCCGCGCUGGCGGAGGAAACCCGCGUGCUCCUGCUGUCGCUGGAAAAAGAGGCGAGUGGACUGAAUUUGACUUCCGCGAACCACGUCUUCCUCCUGCACCCGAUGUGCACUGAGACCGUGGACAAGGCGUGCGCCUUUGAGCUGCAGGCCAUGGCGCGGGUGCGCCGGUUGGGGCAGGUCCGCAAGGAGGUCACCAUGUGGCGGCUGGUCACGGCCGACACGGUGGAGCAGGACUUGGUGCUAGAACACCGGCAGCAGAUCGACGCGCGGCGAAAGCACAAGGAAGAGCACGCCAAGAAGGUGGCCGCACGCGAGCUGGCCAGCAAGCAGAAGGACAAGGAGCUUCAGGCUCGGGUGGACGCCGGCACAGCGAAGAACCAGGCCGCGGCGACUGGCGCAAUGAACGGAAAGGAACUUCCAGCAGAUGAAUUACUAGCGGGAGGCUCUUUACCUUCGCGCGGAGCAAGUGGUAAAAAUGAAGCAUUGUUUCAGCAUCCGGAGGACGAGCAGGAUUUUUUGCAGGAGGAAGAAGAUCUCGAUGUUGACAUGGAAGAUUUUAUGCUGCACGACCAGCAGAGUCGUGCUGGUAAUGGUAAAACGAACAACAGCCAGAACAGUUUCGGUUUCUUUGGGAACAAGGAUAAGCCCGGCGGCCUCUCGUCGUCCUCUUCUUCCUCGAGCGCCACCGGUAGUUCCGGUGUCUUCGGAUUCGGAGGUUCGGGUGCGUCCAGCAGUUCGGGAGGUUCCGGGGCCGCUGCGUCCUCCAGCUCUGCGGCCCGUGGCGGUGUGUUUUCUGGUUCGGGAAGAAGCUUUCACCUCUUCGGCUGGAGCGGAACUGCUUCAGGUGAAGAGGGAGAAGCUCGUCCUGCGCAGGAACCAGGCGGAGGACCGAGCAGCGCUUCGACUGGUGCAGCUUCCUUCUGGUUCCCCCGAGCCGGCCUCUUCGGGGGUGCAGAUCGCAAUAAUGCGUCCUCUGUUCGUCCAGUUCAGCAGGAGAGUGAAGGUCCACCGGAGGAGUCGGGCUCCGCUGACGACUUCGAGGAUAUGGAGGACGACCUGCUCCAGGACGACCAGGUGUGGCGGCCGCCGCCGCCGGCACCACCGGCGCUUCCUCAGCAACAGAAUCAAGGCUCCUCCGCGUCCUCCUCUUCGUCUUCUGGCUUGCACGUCAGAAACCAGGACCUCCAGCACUUGCAGCAGAACCCGAAUGACAAGAGCGCUGGAAAAAAUAAUCCGCAAGAUGAACCAGACGGAACCGCAGCAAAUCGCGAGCACGACCAGGACGAAGUGAUUGAGCUCACCAGCGACGAGAACGACAGGGACUUGCAAGUGCAAGACGUGGACCAGGAGCAACAAGGCGGCGACGCUCAAGCUGCUGGGCAGCAAAACCUCCAAGUGCCUGACCUGGUUUCCAGUCUCGUCGCGAUGGGUUUCACCCGGGCACUGGCGGUCGAGGCGGCGCGGCAGAACGAUUCCCUACCCGAAGCCGUUGAUUACUGUCUUGCGAAAAAGUUCGAGUAAGUCGCAAAUACUCGAUAUAUUCGGUGCCCCGCGAGUAAGUCGCAAAUAUUAGAAGCUUCAGGAAUAAAAGUCAGCUUCAGGAGGAACAGGUACAGAAUCACCACCGAAAAUGGGAGUGUGCUGCAGCCUUCGCGUUACAUUGCCACGGUUGUCGACUCCCACGCUCAGCUGGGGUGGAGG